AUGAGGCGCAUUGAGGUCUCCUCCGACCAGCACUGGGCACCCAGAGUUGCAUCCGCGUACUCCUGCACUUGGCGAGGUGUCGAGUGUAUAGACUAUGAAGUGAUCUCGAACGAAGCUGAAUACGAAGAACGCCAGUACCCGGAAACCAUGUGGAUCAGCGUGACCACACAAGCGAUGACACUUUUUGAAGCGAAGAGGAAGAGCUUUCGCAAACUCAUUUAUUACAUCCAGGGCUUCAAUGACCAGAACGUGACGGUGGACCUGACCACACCGCACCGGACCUUGGUGAGCCGUGGAGCGAGCGGACGGCGCUUGGCCAACUACACCAUGGCGUUCCCGCUGCCGGCCAACCUCUAUAUGAACCCGCCACAGGCCAAUGACAAGGACAUCUGCAUCACUGUCGAGCCGCCGCGCCGAUACGCCGUGAAGGUGUUCGGCGGGCAGCCCAACGAGCAACAGUGGUUGAGGAAGGCGGAAGAGUUCAUCCAGGCGAUGCGGAAGGAUCGCCGUGUAAACUUGGACCAAUUCUACGUGGCCCGGUACGACCUCAUAUUCUGGGUGCUGGAGCGUCGCAACGAGAUAUGGCUAAGCAUGAAAUGAGAAGCACUGGUUGCCGUCGCCGCCACUACGAUCUCCGCACCGCGACGCAG